CUCGCUCUGACACAUCAGUGAGGCUUCAACCGCGAUAGAGUGUGGACGAGCGAGGAGGCGCUCCUUCCUGACUCACACGUUUGAGAGAAAUGAACCCAGACAAACCCCAAGACAUGAAGCGGAAAAGUUGGAACACAUUAGAGUCGGACCGGGUUAACUACCCAACAGAGUCGGACCUGGAUAACUCAUCAACAGAGUCGCAGCAGGAUAACUUCAAAAUACAGUCGGACCUGUAUAACUUCAAAAUACAGUCGGACCUGGAUAACUCACCAACAGAGUCGCAGCAGGAUAACUUACCAACAGACUGGAGGCUGAAUACCCUAUUUCCUGACCUUGAGGACCUCAAUCAUGAUGAGAGCUGGAUGAGUCUUGUAGACGAAAACAAUCAUGGAAAUUCAAGCCAGACGGCACCGAACCAAGAGGAACCCACACCUGUGGUUUUCCCGGAAGAAGCACCUCGGGAACUCGUUGAGAAGCAGCCCAGGGAUACGGAUAAUGAGAUAAGUGAUGCAAGUUCAAGUCAGAAAUCUCCCAACCAGGGGGAACCCGCACCUACGGUUCACCAUGAGGAAGAAGCACAGCUAAAGUUAAUCUCACCACGAUAUGCUCUGACAGGUUACGAACAUGUUUGGCGGGCGGAAGGUUGGCUCGCAGUGGUGUCUCAUGGCCUCCGCAGUUUUGCCGAGGGAGAGGCCGAGGAGAGCCGAGAGGAGGGAGAGGCGAAGGGAGAGACGAAGGGAGAGGCGAAUAGAGGCGAAGGAAGAGUUAGCGGUGAUCCAACAGGGACUUUCGAUGGCCCGUUGAGACUAACGUGCGAUUUGCGGUGGUUUGAGGUUUUCUGUGCGGUGGCCAGGAGACAAGCCCGGUGAGGUCUUCAAUGGGAGCUCGAGGCAGGAAUCGCUCGACCCUCACGACUCCGCACCCGACUACCGUGAGGAAGUCGCACAGGUAAGUCCGAAACGACAUCGGAGUCAAAAUGUCAUAUCCUAAUUU